AUGGAAAACAAACGUUCUGCGUUGUCGCUGCCGGAACCCGCGCUCUCGCUCAUCUCCGGGGGCAUUGCGGGAGCGCUCUCGCGGACCGCUGUGUCGCCUGUGGAGCGUGUCAAGGUUCUGCAGCAGGUCCAAGGAUCAACAAACUCUUACCAAGGUGUUUUCCGCUCGGUGCUCCAGAUAUGGCGAGAGGAAGGGUACAGGGGGCUACGGCAGCCUCAGCACAGAAAGCAGACUGGUGGCCGGGACCGUUGCCGGAUUUUUGUCCGUUUUGGUGUCUUAUCCGAUGGAUCUGGUGAAAACGCGGCUUUCUGUGCAGACGGCGCAGCUCAGGAACCUCAAGAGCCGGGCACCGAUCGAGAGGCCGCCGGGGAUGUGGCAGAGUCUCGUGAAUAUCUAUCGCAACGAGGGAGGCAUACCUGCGCUCUACCGGGGAAUUAUGCCGACCUCGUGGGGCGUGGCGCCCUACACGGCUCUCAACUUCACGAUGUACGAGAGCAUGAAGGAGCUGGUGCCCGAGAAACACCGCAAAAACCCAGCAGUCGCGCUCACCCUUGGGGCCAUCAGCGGCGGCGUGGGGCAGACGAUAAUUUAUCCGAUGGACGUUUUGCGUCGGCGGUUUCAGGUGGCGACGCUGGCGGGCGGAGAAAUGGGGUUCCAGUACAAGUCGACGCCGGACGCGCUGGUGCAAAUCGUGCGCAAGGAAGGGUACAAGGGGCUGUACAAGGGACUGCCGGCGAACAUCUGGAAGAUAUGUCCGUCGAUGGCUGUGCAGUGGAUGAGUUACGAUCUGAUAAGAAAUUUGCUUCAGUAGUUGGGGAAAAAGAAAUACAGGCCAACGGGCCAGCCAGCAGCGUGUGA